AUGAGCCUCGUGAGUUUGGCUGGCAAGGUUGCUCUCAUUACAGGUAGUUAUGGAUGUCUAAGGGCCUAGAACCUUCCUUAUAGUGUGUUUUGAAAUAUUUUUCCCUUAUGGUUUAUGCUGCACACAAAGUCCGUAUAUAUCGACUCGACGUGUAUGUCGGGGUCCCUGCGUUGCAGUGUUAGGUCUGUACUGAGUUUUGUCGGUCAUUUUGUGGAAUUUUCGCAGUUAAAGUGGCAUAGACGUUUAACGAAGCUCUGAUCUCCGAGUAUUUCUGUAUAUUUGCUCAUCUACAUGUUGGGGAUGUCAGUGUCUCUGAUGACACUCCCUGAUAACAUUUCUGCUCAGAAUCUGCGCCGAAUCUAAGCCGAGGUUUAGAAUAAUCUACGCAGAAUCUGCGCCUAGUUUGUCACUCAAAUCUCCUCAGAAUCGGCGCAGAGGCUCGGCACAGAAUCUGCGCAGAUGCUCGGCACAGAUUCGGCACAUAGGCUCGGCACAGAAUCUGCGGCGAAAAUUUCGAAUCUCGUGUCGUAACCGUGCAGAACCCCCCUUAUUUUCUCAAAAGUCCCACUCCUAAGCUGUUUCCCCUAUUUUCAUGCCCAUAAUGCUAAUCUACUAUCCCGUAAGUAAUGUGAAUGAAGACAAGUAAUGUGGUUGUUCGUUAUUAAAAUUUUUUGUAAAAAGAAUAAUAUGUACAAAAUAGAUAUCUAGUUAAAAGCGUUCGAAAUCUGGUACAAAAUAGAUAUUAGGUAAAAAAAGUAAUAAUGUCUUGUAUAAAUCGGUCAUAACAGACCGUUCUAAGGCUGUGACGAAGAGCCAGACGGUCCCGGACGAGGAGUAUCUUCGUCAUCCUCGGCAGUGUCUAAAAAAGCACACUCAAGUUAAUUUUGGUAAUGUAAAUAAUAGAUGCAUGAGGUCUGAUUAUGAAGGGGUAACUAACCGUCCAGUGGGCGUGUCGUAGAUAGUUUACUCGUCCUCUUUUGUAGCCGAUCAUAGGCCCUUCUGAACAUAAGGCGAAAGCAUUUCUCUAAAUCAUGCCGAUCUGAACUGUGAUCGGCAUUCCACCUAUUGAAGACAUCUAUGUAGCCGGUUGUUAAAUGGGAACAUUAUGUUUUAAUACCUAGGACGACUGAGUAGUCUGGGGAGCCGAAGAAUGCGCUCUUUCCGUGUUGUCGACCGUAAAACGUCAAGUAGUGUGUUAUUUCAUCCUCAAAUAGCGUAGUACUACGCUAUCCUCUAUAUAGCGCUAUAUAUAUAGCUCUUCACUAUUAGCUCAGGUCUGCGGGCUUGUGUGCGGCCGGCGAUUCGAUUGACUAACUGGGCUCAACCUGCGCGAUUUACUCAGCCUUAUUGCCACAUCCCUGCCACUACUGCCAAUUAUGCGAAUGAACUGUUGGACGGAUAUAUCCGUCCAGCAAGAACUACUGGCAAGAGUCUGCCAAGCAUAACACUACCUGCUGACUAGCCGUGGGGGUUAGCCCUGGGCGUGUGAUGUUAUUAGGGUGUGCUUUAUGCUAGGGUAACGCACAUUAUCACCGCAGUAUACUCUGCGCAUUUAACUCCAUCUGCUCCUAACCGUAAAGUUUUCCAAAUCCUUGGAAUUCUUUUCGGGUGUAGCAUAUGUAACUUGACAACAACUAUGGAAAUGCGAUCGGCCGCAUAAUAGGAAACAGUAAAAGGCUCUGUUCCCAGUACCUUACCCGAACGACUACAUCCAGAACUGUCUGACUUCGUUUCCCUUCAGCAAAUCAGAUUCAUCGGAAAACCUACCUUGCCAUGAGAAUUCAGCCGGAAGGUGGGCAUUUACUGACGUUAGUCACCGGUUUACCAUUAUCUCAAUAGAGGGCCGUACAUACGAUCUCAGUCUCCCACACGAUUUUCCACGCUGCCUCACAAGCCCAUCAGUUUUACUACUCCAGGUAUAGUGGGUCUGGAGGAAAAAUACAGGUGAGGCCGAAGUUUCUGGCCAAGAACAGUAGAGCUACUGUUCAUCAUGAGCAGACGAAAGGGAGUUCUCAUCCGCUCGCUCUCUGUACCUGACACCAUGAUGGACUACUUUUUCCGUACAUAUUUUAACAACUAGGCAGUAUCUGGAUUCAGGUGUGCGUUGAUAUUUUACAGUUGUUUCUCAAAUGCCCCAGUUGGUGCGUCACAUAAUUGCUGACAUAUCAACCGCAACAGACGAGUGCAAAUAGUUGCACCGAUGCCCACUUUUCUGAAAUGACCUAAUUGCAUGAAUGACAGGCUUACAAAAUGUUUGUGCUUAUAACGUCCUCCACUUACCACAUUAUAUUGCUGCCUGAAAAACGGCCGUUAAAAAGGACCUUGCAAUUGCACCUAGGAUAGGCCAUAAUCCCAUUUUCCUCGUUCAAAACACUGGGAGGCCGUCGACAGCUAGAUUAAGUACAACUUCCUCCACCCAUCAGAAUCUUGUGUGUCAAGAAACCUUCUGACUUCUCAGUCCUAUGUAAGCAUGAUCGUUGCAGCCCAUGGAAACUACUUUCAAGCAAUUUAAUGCCCCUAAAAGUGUUUUCGGGUUGGUUAGCAACAGUUUUGAAGAUUUCUGGAAUACUAUAUGGACUAAAUCGAACUUUGUGGUCUACUCCUUCAAUAUCUUCCGAACGGAGGUUCGCGCUAACAGUGGACCAUCUACACUGUCAUCCUCAGACAGCAUAAUGCUAUUCUAGUGGUUCUAAUUUGAAGACAAUGACGUACAAAACUUACUUUCGGGCGCAUCCGACGAGAAGACAACGUUGGAUGGCGAAUCCGUUGAUUCCUCUCGUUUACAACGGUUAUACACCUCUUUUAUCUUCUGACGUUUUCCCUCCACAUCCCGCUUUCUUCUUGUCCUCUUCGACGCUUGUAUGUGCAUAAUGUAAGCUUGUCGGGACAAAUUAACAGAAAUAGGAAACAAAAGAGGACAUUUUUGGCAGACGCAGAAUCACGUUCGCGCACGCUACGACACUGUUAAGCAUGCAGCACGCCAACUAGUUGCCAUGGGGUUGCUAGAACAGGGUUGGCCAGUGAGAAGACACAGCGCACCUAUCACUACAUGCUGAGAUAAGAGUGCAUCGACCCAAUAUGCACCGUUACUGGGGAAAGAAGUAUUAACCAAAUUAGGUUCUAGGUCUCAGUAAGAUGUAAAUCAAUUGCUUGGCAUAAUUACUUGUUUUCAUCUGUGACUUGUGGAAGACUGAGUCGAAAUCACUGAAGAAUGCACAGUAACGGACUGUGGAGACUAAAGUGACAGAGGACCUUUAAUUAUUUACUGCACAGCAUAGAAAAGUCAUAUCGGCCACUCUGGGUACCAAUAUUGGAAACUCUUUAAUUCCAUCUUUUCCAUCUAACAAAACAGGGAAAACACGGAUGAAAGGCUCUAAAAGGCAUAAAAUUAUGGACAGAGGGAGGGGCGGGCGAGGUAUAUCGUGUUACUAUCAAUCGUUUUCUGAGUUUGAGGCUCCUCCAGAAUGCAAACUAGCUCCCUAUUACGGUAACGCGAGACUUGUUGAAUACGUAUGUGUAUGCGCUCACGGAGGUUCCUAGUCUGGUCAACUUCGAGGUGGUCCAGUUACACGACGUCCAAACCCCCGAACUUCUCGCCAAACCUGGGGCGUAUGUCAAGUCAACAGCCUAAUUUACAAAUGAGGCAUGAGAAUGGGACUAUGAGCGUUAUAAAAUGCCGUAAGUGAUAGAACGGAGAAGAGGAAAAAAGUCCUGAAUGCCAAUCACAGAGAGGAUGUGGUGGAGGUGGUUAAGUAGACAGGCCUUACCAGAGCGCUUCUUAAGAGUGUUCGUCCCUUAACACGCAAAGGUGUACCGCCUGACGUAUGCACGUGCUGUGCUGAAUGCAACAAAAAGUCAACUAACUUCAUGAUAUGUUAGAAUCCGCUUUUACUGAUUGUUUUGCGCACGUAAUAUCAACUUAGAAGCACUCUCUCCAAACAUGCCCUCUAUAAUGGAUGCGAUUACAAACACGGCUGGCUGAAUGGAGGAUCCAUCUCCAAAGCUGUUGUGAAUAAUAUUUUGUAGAUGCUGAGUUUGGGAAAGCAAGGCCUUGUAGGUAGUGACUGCGAUUACCGUGGACCGUAAUGACUUCUCCACAAUGUUACCUUCAGAACACUUUAACUUGAGUCAUCAUGAAUGAGGCCUAGUGCGUGCGUAGUUAAGAAUUGGCUCACCCGGGGACGCGUACUCGAGACUUUUAGUCUUGCGAGCCUCUCGAUCUUGUCCCUCCAACAGAACGAUAGAUAGUGGAAGGAACUGCACGGCAAGUGCAAUGCAAGUCUACUUCAACAUAAGCAAAUUCACGCGCAAGUCGCCACCGCAUACCCCUCAGGACAGAGGUGAACACUAUAGCCCGAAAUUCGAGAACCGUCACCGCUAUUGUUCCACUUCCAUGACUUAUGGCUGUAGUCACUCCGCCCAGGAUAAUGAUGCCGUGCCACAUAACAGGUUUCCAUAUUUCCCUGUGUGAUCCUAGCCUGCUUUAAGCUGCAUAUAUGCCGUCGUCUUAACUGCUUUUCAGGGGCCAGCUCGGGCAUUGGCCGAGCCACGGCCGUGCUCUUUGCCAAGCUAGGAGCCGGAGUUGCCUUGGUCGGACGUGACGAGGAUCGUCUGCACAAGACCCUUCUCCUGUGCGAGGAACAGACGAAAAAGGCUGGCAGCCAAGCCUCACACUGCAUCAUUAAGGCUGAUCUUUCCAUUUUGGAGGAAAUAUCGACGGCCUUUAACAAGACCAUCCAGCAUUUUGGAAAACUCGACAUCUUGGUAUGUUGGUUUCUGUUAGGGAUGCGCAGUCGUGCCUACUUUUGUCCGAUCACACAACCGUUGGUUUCCCUUUAUCUGAAUUACUAGUUUGUGCAUUUGCUGCUUCUUUCGACGUACCUGCCAUUUUUAAUUUUAACGUCAUUUUGGCGUGGUUCGUCUCUGCAGCCCCACCUGAGUGGUACCGUAUGGAUAGCCCACUAAAACAAUGUUAGUCAACAAGCCAAACUUAGCCACUCACUGGAUUAGGAUGGCAUUGAGAGCGCAAACAGAAGUCGAGCGCAAAAAAUUCCACUAGCAAGUCUACCUGGCCACCCGCUAGAUUCAGAUAAUAGAGGGCGCAAGUAGGGCUCGAAGCACGCGAUGGGGAGCGAGUGUGAACUGAUACCUGAAGUAACCGAGGCUGGCGUAUAAGCGCUCCUCCCCCCGUGGCACAGUCACUCGCUGGAUUAGAAUUGUAGGGAAGGUGAAAAUACGUGAUUUUGUUCAGUCAGCAUACUCGCACCUAAUAGUUUUUUUACAAAGCUAAGCAUGUGGUAUCACGCAGGUGGGGCUGCAGAACCGAACCUCGCCGCAGGGCAGAUCGAGUUACUACCUAAUUUCGUUGUUCAUAUGCAGUAGGUGGAAUUUAUAACCCACAGAUUCGACUCUUUUCUGCUCUGGCUUCUGGCAGGUAAACAACGCUGGGAUCCAAAUAAAGGACAGCGUGGAGAACUUUGACGCUGCAGCGCAUGAAAAGCUCAUGAACAUCAACGUGCGGUCCGUCCUUGUCCUCUCCAACCUGGCGGUCCCAAAGUUGGCAGAGACCAAGGGCUGUAUAAUUAACAUUUCAAGCGUCGCUGGUAAUCGUUCAGUACGUUUGUGACCCUUCGUUCUUCCCUGUCUUUUCUAUGUCAAAUUGCUUUCUCAUUCAUGAAGUAUUGUCGACAAAGACAAGGGCGAUUACAACGGCCAUUUAUGGCUCAUUUACAGUCAUCAACAAGACGGACACUUGGUAUUUGAGCCGAGGUCAUUUGAUCGUCCACCAGUUUUAGUUCAAAGACUGUACCAUUUGAGCUGCGGAACAACGCUCUGUUGACUGUGACCGUUAGUGCUUGCGUCCACCUAUCCGGGCUAAUUACCGAACGGGAUACGGUCACCCGUUCUGGUUUUGAACGCCUGCUACAGCCGUUGGGGUGAUCGCAUAGGUAUUAUGAUUAGUACCCGUGAAGCGAUUUUUGGUCUGUUAUCGUCAACCACCCAUAUCUCAGCCGGAGAUUCCAACUCGGGUCCAGUUGAUCUUUACGCUCUGCCUGUUCAACUGCUGACUCCUGUGCUGUUGACUGAGGUCGGAGGUAGUAAAAGUCCUUUAGAGGUGACGUUCACCAACGUGAGCUCCGAUGUCUUCGUCGGUAAGGUUUUUUGGUUUUUAUGCUUACCUCCAUACGACCGCAGCCUCAAGACGAAGUGGUACGUUCGGCCAGCGCUACACCCAAAACUAAUAUUUGACUAAAAUGUUGGUUCUUCUUACAAGAUCUCUCGAAAUCCCUUUUACCGUAGUGACAGCUAGGCUGUAGAAAGUUAAUCAAAAUCGGUUACAAAGCGGAUAAAUUGCGUGCUGAUGCACUGCUCACAUACUCACUCCAGUCAUUAGAUAUUCUUUGGUUGACCAACUCGUUUCUCGUCAAAUGAAGUUUACUUUGCAUCGAGCGGACUGGCCGAACCCCUCGCGGCUGCGUCUUGCAGCGGCAGAAUAUCGGCGAAACACGCGUGUAUGGGCUUUUGGCUAGUACCUGUGCUGUUAGUAUGGCAUCAUCUUACCCUAAAGCAUUACUUACUUUAAACUAGUUUGAUCUAAAUGUGCCUGUAUAUUCUGUCGUCGCCUGUAAGGGCUACGCCAUUACGUAUGGCACGCUUUGGACAGAGGCUGCCACUGAUCUGGCACGGAUAUGCCGCUGAUCCAGCGCGUUUUAUCCUCGCUAUGAGCAACCGGACGUGUUAAAGGUCGUGCCGACUGGUGGGAUAGUUCGAUCCCAAACACCAGUACUAUAUUGACGGGACGAGGUUAGAAACUGUGGAAAGACACAGAGAUCUGGGUGUAUGGACGACCACAAAUCUAUCGCCAUCAGAACAGUGUAGAAAGAUGGUCCAGAAGGCAACUAGUACUCUACGUUGGAUCAGACGUGCAUUUAAAAUAUUUCCUCCCGAACUUUUCGAAAGACUCUUUGGUGUCUUUGUAAGACCUCAUCUAGAGUAUGGAAUGCCAGCAGCCUCACCAUGGAUGAGGAAGGAUAUCAACUUACUCGAACAGGUGCAACGCAGAGCGACAAAGAUGGUCGACGGUCUAAAACAUUUGUCUUAUCAGGAGAGGCUGAAUUUGCUUGGCCUAUUCCCUCUCUCUUAUAGACAAAUAAACUGCAGUCUACUCUGGACGUUCCGGAUUGCUCGCGGCCAGUGUUGCUCAUUAAGAGCAGAGGACUUCUUUGAGUUCGCCCGUACAAACCAACUACGCGGCCAUGCAUACAAAGUCGGGAAUGAGCGCACGCGUUUAGACCGACGAAAAUUUUCAUUCAGCCAGCGGGUCGUCAGACCGUGGAACUCGCUUCCAAGCGAGAUGGUGACGGCUGGUACAGUUUGUGUGUUUAAAAGAAAACUUGCUCGUCUAGUUUUCGACAGAAAUGGGCUUGUACAGCAUGACUAUGCACAGCCAGUUUUGUAAAAUCUGUCAUAUACAAUCUUCCGCACUAAUUUACCUUAUGACCCAAUCACAUUUUAAAUGCCUGCAAUGUAAUUUUAUUUUUGAGUAUAAAUCUGCGAAAGCACUGUACAUAAAUAGCGUCAUCAAGGGCUCUGCCUGUAACCCUUCAAUAUACAUAUACAUAUAUACAUGUACAAUAUACAUAUAUACACGAUCCUUCACUGGGCUGAGGGUCAGGCGGCAGUAGCCCCUACAUAAUGUGGUCUUUACUGGAACUUCCUUCGGUGAGGAACCCCAGGCAAUUUUCCAUCUCGUGCGCGCGCGCGCGUACGGACCAGCACGUGCGUAGCACGCGCAGAGUCAGCUACCGCCCGGGCCAUCUCCAGUUGUAUUCCCACUGGAGGGUUAUGGGCGUGAGAAGGGGGGGGGGGGAAGUAGGUGUCGCGUCACCCCAAACCCGCGCAGAUAAUGUUGGUCUCAGUCGAUAACGAUUGACAAAGACAAUAACACAUCCAUCAAAGGAAAUAACUUCUCCUUACACACCCCUAGUCCGGCAGUCCUAGUUAAAUACACUUCUGAAGUUCUCGCUGGGACGGUAGUCUUGCAAGGCACUCUUUGCCCCAGCAUGGGAUUCACAAGUAUAUUAGUACUCCGGCAUAGCCCUUAAAUUCGUAUUGUACGAUCCUUCUUAUAACGCAACAUCAUGCCUUUUGUAUGGAAGUUCUGCCGAUUAUGCCAUAACUCCAUCUGAGCUCCCAUUUUAACUCCCUAUACUCACGUACCCCCUAGUUGAACGUGGAAAUUUUGUAUUUCUCAAACGGCGGCUUGGGUCUUAUGUGGCUCAUGUUGCCGACCUCCACGCAUAUUGCAUGUCAAAUAAGAUGGCUCAUGUCAUCGCAUAGGACACAGUGCUCUGAGGCCUUAUUCUGACAUCAAAUCACUUUUCUGCCCCCGAGAAGGCCAAUUACGACCUGGAGUGCCGUUUGAAUAUUUGCAGCUUCUCAUUUCGCAAAUAUCCGAGGCUGCGCAUAUACGGUUCGUCCGCGGAGUGUCGCCCGCCUGUGCUACACUGUUUAUGCUGCGGCAUCCGGUCGGUCGUUGCGUAAACACAGGUUGCCCGAACUGCCUGCAGUGCAACAACCUCUGGCCUUAUGUCCGACGGAUAUACGUCAGCUAACGCUGUAUAGCGCCAGAGUUGACUGCGGCAUGGUGGCCAAAAGUAUGGUCGGUAGAAGUUAUCAGGCGCGCCACCCUCAUGAGCCAGAUGCCAGUUAGUGAAGGCGCUGCGACAUGUCUGAGUGCACAUCUCCACCCACUCGUAGGGCUUAUGGCAACCAAACGGCCAGAGUUGUUUGCCUUUGAUAAUUUAGGUAGCACACUCAGCAUAACAUUGCUAUUAAGAUACAGAAAUGGCGCAGGAUGCAGGCCUGGGCGCGUGCAAACCAAGAGAACCUUUCGAGGGAGUAUGUUGGGAUUUCAGAUAGUCAUCCGUAUCCUGAACCUGGGCGCCAUGCCAGUCGGCUGGUGUGCAGCAGCACCAUCUCAUCCCAUCCGGCACCGGUUGUCGGGUCCUAAUAUUCCUCCCACCGUUUAUGAUCUGCGGUCUUUCCUUUCCGUUUCACUCCAGUUCCCCGGCGUUCUUUCCUACUGCAUGAGCAAGGCGGCCAUUGAGCAGUUCACAAAGUGCGCUGCCCUCGGUAAGUCCCAUCGACUGGCUACUGCGCCUUUUUUUAUUUGAUGAGCCUUUGCUGACUCUUCGUACUUUUCCUUCUUUACUUCAGAACUCGCACCAAAGGGGAUCCGCGUCAAUUGUGUUGCGUAAGUCGCAAAAGAGAGCAUGCGUUGCGCAGCAGUACUAUAGGUAUUUUUUAGUCGCAAUAUACAUGACUGCUGUUGAAAUUAAGUAGCAUUAAUUUUUUUCAGUCCAGGAGUGAUUGUCACCGAACUCCACCGAAACGCCGGAAUGUCUGAGGAAGAGUACGCCAAAUUUUUGGGCCGAGCCAAAAAUAACAGUCCACUCGGACACACCGGUGACUCAGAAGAUGUCGCCAACUCAAUCGCCUUCUUGGCUAGCGACGCUACUUCUUACACAACUGGAAACACUAUCUUUGUAGACGGAGGAUGGUCGCGAGUUUGUCCACGCUGA